AUGGUCGAAAUUGAGAUCCCUGACGCCGAUGAGCUCGGUGGAAAUGUCACCAAGCCUUUCAAGUUCGUUACGGCUGGAUAUGACGCCCGCUUCCCGAAUCAGAACCAGACCAAGCAUUGCUGGCAGAACUAUGUUGACUAUCACAAAUGUAUCAUUGCGAAGGGUGAAGACUUCAAACCAUGCAGACAGUUCUACCUUGCAUAUCGAUCUCUAUGCCCAUCCUCCUGGAUUAGCCGAUGGAAUGAUCAACGUGAAGCUGGAAAUUUCCCGGUGGAUCUGGAGCACUAA